ACAAUAGUCUCAUCGACUGUUUUUCACUCCAGAACUCGGAAGAUGGCUGUGUGUCUGCGUAUUCCAAAAGAAAUACCUCCGUGCUUCGAGCGUGGAGACCAGGAUGACUGGCCUGGAUGGGAAGACAUCAGGAGGGACUUGGAAAUGGUUGCUAAGGAACUACAAGACUAUCAUGGCGAUGAGGAAGUUGACGCAAUGGGAUGGGAUGAAUACGAAGCGGGGCUGGCUGACAUGUGUAGUGAAGAGGAGCCUGGAUCGGAGGAGUCAUCAUCUGACGAUAGGACUGAUACUAGCCGGUUUCCUGCGAGGAAGAGGGUGUUUCACUUGCACGAUAAGUUGUCAAAGAAAAAGAAACCUCAUCUAUCUAAAGAUGAGGAGAACACCAAGGUGAAGGUGGGCUUGCUCAACGUUCGAUCACUCAAUAACAAAUCAGGCCGAAUCCGGGCACUCAUAGAAGAGAGGAGCCUGGAUAUGUGCCUCCUCACAGAGACCUGGUUAAGAGACAACGCUGAUAAUCUUCUCAGAGACGCUUGUCCUCCAAACUUUCGUUUCCAUCAUAAGGACAGAGCGCAGGGUAGAGGUGGAGGGGUCGCUAGCUUGUUCUCGGAUGAGUUUCAACAUGCACGCAUCGAUGGCCAUGCAGAAGCUGCCUUUGAGUGUCUAGCUGUAGAGCUGCUUCACACAGGCUGGGACCAGUCAGUCUUGGUCAUCAAUGUGUACCGACCCCCGAGACAAGGUCUGAGAAACGUACUGGAUUUCUGCAAAGCGUUUGGCAAGGUCUUUAGGGACAGCUCUAGACCAUACGACUGUGUGCUGGUGGCCGGGGAUUUCAAUUUCCAUUUUGAAAGGGAGAACAGAAUCAGCAAUGCCCUCUUUAAAAGUUUCCUCUGGCUAUAUGGGCUGGAUCAGCAUGUAGACAGACCAACACAUCAGUCAGGUCACACCCUCGAUCUCGUCUUGACCACCAAUGUGGAAAUCUCAGAUCUCAGCAUUGAAAACGAUAACAUUGCUGACCAUUACACUGUAUAUUCUAGAGCCAGGCCAAAUAUGUCUUUAGACAGGCACCAAUGGAUGAACUCUGCAAAGGCAAGAUUGCGACGAUAUCUGAGACAAUUAAGACAAAGAUAGAUCAGUCUAAUGCUGCGUCAAGACCAAUACAAGGGUGACCUUUGCUGCCUGGUAGCGGAGGUAGCUUAAGAGGUUUUGCCAUGAAUUCACUUUAUUUGCUCUCGACGUGACAUUGGCAUGUUUGAUUAAGAUAAUUACAUAACAGCUCUGGCUUGACAUGAUAGGAACAUUUCAAUUUAUUUUUGUCUAACCUCGCCACAGCUUAUUACCAUAAUAUUUGCUUGGCUCUAAUCGUUGAAAUUCGCUCUGGUAGCCCAGUUCACUUACCCUCCAUACAGAAAUAAUUACUUCCGUCGACACAUACUUUAAAAAAUGCACUUUGAUGAGUAAUACCAAAAGUCUUUCUUACUUACUUAACUUUACUGUUACUUUUCCUUGUAAACUUUUUUUUGCUUUUUUAUUGUUUUAUUGUUACAGUGUACUUAUGUGGUCAAUGACUAACUAUAGCCACAACCAUAACUUCUAGACAUAAAAUUAGGGCUGACGGCAGAUAAUCAUUAGUUGACCAAAAAAAAUAUUAGUCGACCAAAUUCCAUUGGGCGAUUAGUUGCAGGGGGGAAGGGUACAAUGGACUUGCAGCAGCCUUUCCCACUUCAAUGGGUGUCUGGAGUUUGCUGUCCCCUCCCUCUGUCCCUCUCUAAUGUUAAUCUAAUUUUAGUGUCUGAGUUUAAGUCUCCCUUACAUUAUUUAAUUUGUUACCCUUUUCCUACUGUAUUGCACUCUUGUGAUGCCUAAUUUCACAUACUUUGAUUUAUUAGCGCCACACGGUGCAACAUAAGCCUGUGGCAUGGUGACAAAUUCCUUAACUGGGCUAACGCUAGUCACGAUUUAGCAUUGUUUUCAUUCAUUUUCUCAUGAGUGGGAAGAACAGCUCUCACCACAUGCUGAUCCUUACUGUUUCUGUAACCUUGCAGUUGUGUGAUUAUUUUUGAUCACUUUGUCAAUUUUGUCCAUUUUGAAAUGGCAGUAUGACCCUGGCAACUUACCAAUUUUAGCUAACUUUUUUGUAGCUGAACUUAGCUAAACUAGUUUUGCCAGUUCACACUGAGUUCAAUGAGAUGCAUGCUAGGUUUCGAUACAUGUAAAAAUUAUAAAUCUUGUUACUAAUCUAGAGAUUUUAUCUUGUAAAUCAUCAACUCUAUUGUGUGUAAUUUGUUGUACUGUGUACAUAGUAUUGGUUACUAGCCUGCUAAACCAGCCUAAAUGUGAGAUUGGAUGUGUAAUUUAGUCUGGCCCCGAUGAAUAGUACAUCCGAAGAUUGUUGAUGAGAACAACCCGUUGUCUUUCAAACCGUGCCUGUGCCUAUAGGACGGCGCUCUGACAAGUCAGCGCUGUCUUUCUUGUUGAUGUGCUUUCCCAACGUUGCGAGCUUCGUCGUCACUCCCUCAAAACUCUGCCCGCUUUGAUUCAAAACAAAUCUCUGCGUUGUGAUUGGUUUGCCAGAUUCUUGGCAAGCCUGGCAGACCACUAAAACGAUGCGAGGCCAGACCACUUGCAGCCAAAAAAUGUUGGCAUCCAGCCGGUGGCGCUGGUUUACUAGGCUAAUUGGUUACCCCUGUUUCUGUAACCCUGGUAAAGAGGAGUGGGAAGGACAGCUCCCACCCCAUGCUUAUCUGUACAAUUUCUGUAAAUGCAUGAAGUGUGGAUAAUCUGUGUCAGCAUCACUCAUUCAUCUCCACCAUAUCACAACACAGAGUAAAACAAAUGACCGGUUACACAAAGCCACAAAGGUUGUAGUGUUUAGAUGAACCAGGAAGUAGUUUGUUUGUCACAGGUUACUCCCAGCGUUAGUGGUAAAUGUGCAUAAAUGUGGCAGCCAAGCAUUAAAGGUGAAACUUCACAGAUGUGUAUCCCAGAUGUGUCAAAAUGGGGGGGCCUUUGAAAAAUUCUCCCGAGUAGUCGAUUAGUCGGAGUAAAUAACAGCCACUUGUUGACCAACAAAAUCCUUGGCCGAGGACAGCUCUACAUGCAAGCAUCCAAAUCGAUAUGUCAGCGUUGCCAGACUAUUUGUCAGUAUAAGAACAUUUCUGAAUGGAUGGUAUUCCAUCAGUACAGUACAGUAUGUUGUGAUAUAUCCUUAUUUUGGUGACAGGACUGUGUGCAUGUGUAGCAUGUAAUAUAGGCUAUUCAUUGUAUCAAAUGAAAAGGGGCUGUGUAUUGUAGCAUGUAUAAUAAGUUAUUUU